AUGUCAGAACUCAUCCUCACUGACGAGCAAAUUGCUCAUUUCGACAACGAGGGCUUCCUCAUUCUUCGAGCCACUGAGCACGGUCUGAUCGACACUGCCGUGCUCAAGACAUGGACAGACGAAAUCCGAAACCUCCCUCGCGAGCACGGUAAACCUCGACCACGGCGAACGCCAACUGAUGCGAACAGAACAGAAAACUUCGUCGCCUACCACCCAGGCUUCUCCUCCCUCCUCAACGGCCAACCCAUCAGAAACAUCCUCAAACAGCUCACGCGCGACGACAUGCUCCUCUUCAAAGAUAAAAUCAACUACAAGCUCGCAGGCGGCAACGCUUUCGACGCCCCCGCUUACGACCACAUCGGAGAAAUCCAACACACCACCGCCAACCUCGCCGUCGACCCAGCGACUGUCGAGAACGGCUGUGUAGAAGUCGUCCCGAAAUCUCAUCGAAUGAACGUCGACCUCGUCGAAGGCGGACGCAUCGAUCCCGAUUGGGAGGCUCGCCAGCUGUGGAUACCCGUGGAAUUAGGAAGUGGUGAUUUACUCAUUUUCGGGUCGCAUCUUGCGCAUCGGAGUCGGAAAAAUCUCACGGAUCGGUCGAGGGCGAGUGUUUAUGCUACUUAUCAUAAUUUUAGCGAUGGGACGGAUUUGAAAGAGAGGUAUUAUGCGGAUCGGAGGGAGAAUUUUCCCGCCUGAUCAUGGUGAGUCGGUAUUGUUGUUCCAUGAUGUGGAAAACGAGGAAGACGUUUUUGCUGAUUUUUGAGAUUUCGACUUGCAGAGCGUGUUCCGGGGAAGGAUUAUGGGGCUGGGGUUAAGAGGUAUGCUUUUGCGGCGCCUUUUACGAAGAUUGAGGAGCAGCCGGUUGCGUAGCGUGGUAUCCUUUUGGUGUCUAGGACCCUAACAAUCAUGGGUGGAAGGAUCAGGAUUCGUUCACAUGAUGUGCACCCCAAGAGACAGCGGUGACCUAAUACUGGCAUCUUCCUAGUCGUACCCGUCCGCUCGGAGUCACGUACCGCCUGCCUUUGUACACUCGACUCUCCGCUUCCUUCCCUCCCCAAACUGCUGCAAGCUGACUGGGGUUCAGUUAUGAAGCUUACCGUAUAGUAUGGGAAUACGAUACCUAUAGGCG